GCCAAACUUAAGGCCAGGGCUAUAAUUAGAGGGCACUAGGAGGUAUAUAAGCCCCCUAGGGGACGAGGCCCAGACGCGGCUUCACACAGUCUUCUCUUCUUUGAGCUUCCUAAACUUCACAUACACACCGUCUCAAAAUGGCACCCAAGAAGGCCAAGAGGAGGGCAGGAGGAGGAGAGGGAUCCUCUAAUGUGUUCUCCAUGUUCGAGCAGAGCCAGAUCCAGGAGUACAAAGAGGCUUUCACAAUCAUUGACCAGAACAGAGACGGUAUCAUCAGCAAGGAUGACCUGAGGGACGUGCUGGCCUCAAUGGGUCAGCUGAAUGUGAAGAAUGAGGAGCUGGAGGCCAUGAUCAAGGAGGCCAGCGGCCCCAUCAACUUCACCGUCUUCCUCACCAUGUUCGGAGAGAAGCUGAAGGGUGCUGAUCCCGAGGACGUCAUCGUGUCCGCUUUCAAGGUCCUGGACCCCGAGGGCACAGGAACCAUUAAGAAGACUUUCCUGGAGGAGCUUCUGACCACUCAGUGUGACAGGUUCUCCGCAGAGGAGAUGAAGAACCUGUGGGCCGCCUUCCCCCCAGAUGUGGCCGGCAACGUUGACUACAAGAACAUCUGCUACGUCAUCACACACGGCGAGGAGAAGGAAGAGUAAGAGUAAAUCAGAAAAAGAAGAAGAAGAAGAAAUGAACGCGCUCCGCCCCGCCAGCCCGUCCUGCAUCCCUCCGUUUCUUGCUUCCUUCCUUUUUGUUACUCUCGAGCACUUCGUCCUUUCCACGCAGUCCUCCGAAAGACUCGUCUCGUAAACCCGCUGGCGCAGGAAAUCCGUGUCUGUGGCGUCUGUUCGUGGGGGAAAAAAGGGAUUCAUUUGCAAUAAAAUCUUAUUUUACCUUC